AUCACCUCCCAUACUCGUGAUCAUUCACGUGUAGACACAAGAUUGUAGAAGUCGAGGUAGAAGUCUACAUCUAGUACCUCAAUAAUGACAGAUCCUGAUCCUUCAUUUUCAAUAAAUAGAGUUAAUAAAAGUCUUUGGUAUGAUGUAUGUGAAGAUUCAUUGCUUGGGAAAGGAAAGAGCAGUACCGUUCGCAGAGGGACUUAUAAUGGUCAAGAGGUAGCAGUGAAGAGAUUAUAUGAAAAGACAUUAAGUUCUGAGGAUAUAAAUCUUUUGUUGACAAUACAACAUGAGAACAUUGUAAAGAUUCUUGCUAUUGAAGAUGGUCUUGAAAACCAAUAUAUUGUAUUAGAACUCUGUCUGGCCUCACUUGAUUUAUUUUGUGUGAACUACAAGAAAGUAGCAAAUAGAUUUUCUGGGUUCAUUGUUGUUAAGGAAAACAUCAUAAGAGAUGCAGUGAAAGGACUGGAAUAUUUACAUAAGAGGUGGAUUGUCCAUAGAGACAUUAAACCAGGAAACAUUCUUUUGCUACAAAAGGGCUCAUCGUCUGAAGUUAAAGCAGUCCUGGCCGAUUUUGGAAUAUCUACAAAAUUAACUUCUCGUGAUUCCAAAACCACGCACAGAGGCAGAGUAACUGAUACAUGGAUGGCUCCGGAACUACUGCUUGAUGACCCUAGUGGUUGUAAAUUCAGUCGCCAGUCUGAUAUAUUUUCAAUGGGAUGUGUAACCUACUAUUUAAUAACAAAAGGACACCAUCCUUUUAAUAGAGGGCAUGAUAAUGUUUUCAGGAUUCAUCAAAAUGUGAAGAAUUACGUUACCUGUGACUUUCAGUUAUUAAAUGACAAGCCUUUAGCUCGUGCUCUAAUUAAAAAUAUGAUUAAGUAUAACAAAGAUUCAAGACCAUGUGCCAGUGAAGUAUUAGGUGAUCCUUAUUUCAAGGAAGAUGGUCCGCAAGAUAUCAUACAAGUACCACAGGAUAGUGAGCCAGACCAAAAUAAAGUAUAUGGUAAACAGUUAUAUCAUGCUAUGGUCAGUAUAUCCCAUUCAGUGCCUCAAUACAUUGUCGAUAAUUACACCAGAUUACUUGCAGUUGUUGGUGUGAAGUCAUAUAUAAAACCUGAUUGGUCGUUAUCAAAAAGGUUUUUAGAAUUAUACUCCACCCAUGCAUCACAAACGUCUCCACAAGUUGCUGCAAGUUACGUCGACAAGAUACUGACUGGUCUGGGGUAUGAAGAAAUUAAGAGCUUCAAAGCAUACCUGCGUUUUGACGUAGACAUUGACUCAAAAGUAACUGAGAAAUUAAAGGAAUUGAAGGAAUUCAGGCCAGCCGUUAUUCAAGUUGUGUAUGCAUUGGGUCUCUGUUUAAAUAGCCAUCAAGUGGAGCGUUAUCGCAUGGUUGUUACUGUGCUACGUGGAACUGCUUUGGAUGCUAACAAGUCCUUUAUCAGGCUUUUCACUGAUUUGAUGGAAGAACUCGGGAAAUACCCUCUCGCUGUUGCAAUCACUGUUGGAGUCCUGGAAAGAUCUGAUUGGGGAGAUACAAGGAAAUUGAAGCCGUUUUCGUUACCAAACUUUGAUAUUAACACGUCUUAUCCUAAAAUAGAUCUCUGCCUGACUGUUGCUGAUUACUAUGGUAAAAUGAGUGAUAUAGACUUCAGCAGUGCUAAGGUGUGUACCUCUGUGGUUCACCUCAAGAGCCACAAUGUGUCCAAUAUGAGUAGAGUUCAGUUUACACUGUUACUGAUGGAGCGUGGUGUGAUUGAAGCUGGUGAUGUCUCUAAAAUUGAAGAUAAAAUACGAUAUCCUAUCUUCUUUGAGAAGUACAAACAGAGAUGCAAAGGACCAAGCAAGGAGACUGAGACAGUAAUGCCAAGUCUGACAUCCCAAGAUACAGUAGCAACCCAAGAGACAGUGGCAAUCCAAGAGACUGAAGGUCAAGCAACGUCAGUUCCAAGUCAAUCAACUCUAACUUAUCAACCAAGCAUCUUGACUCAAAGCAGGAAGCACAAGAAGUACCUGGUACUACCACACAAGCCAGUAAGGCGCCAACACCAUGCAUCUAUUCAUAGCAGAAGCUCCUACUGUUUCUAACACUAUAGUGCAGCAAAAGAAGGCACAUGUACAUGUAGAUCUAUUUCACUAAAAUUGUUAUAAUGUAUACUGUUAGUAAUUGUAUAAAUAUGACAGGAAACUCCUCCUUGACUUACAAUCACUUAUGUCUGAUUACUUUCUUGUCAUCAUGCUGUUACUCAAAGUUUAUGUGAAGUUUUCACUGUUAA